AUGGACGCCUCAACCCCCAAGGCGAUUCUCACAUCCGACAAUUUCCCCCAUGCACAAGAGAUCUCGCGGGCCACCUCGCCAGGUGGUGAGCCCGCCGCCGUCAACGGCGAUGGCGAGCCAAAAGCUCGCGUCCGACCGCGCACCUAUCCAUACUUCUCAUAUCUCCCAUAUCAGCUUGAAGAUGAGACAGAGCGGGACCGAGCCCUUCGAGAGAUUCUGAACCAGCUUUAUAUCGCUGUGGAGGCUGGGGACUUCAGUCCCGGAGCUGUGCACUGGACACGCGAGCUCAGAGGAUGGCUAUCGCUAAAGUUUGAUCCGACCCGGAAGGAAAGGAUCAAUCUCGUGAAGCUUUAUUAUGAGCUCGCCUUGGCGCCCGGCAUCGACCCCAAUGUGGCAGAGCGAUUUGCAAGCAUGUUCAUGCUUCUGACUAAGCGCAAGCACUAUUUGAGACCCGUCAAGGACCUAGUCUUGGACUGGAAACCUCUUUACAAGGAGCUGAAAGCCUUUGUCCUCCCCACUGAGUCCGGUCUCGUUCACUCGACUAACCUUAAGCGAAAUGUGAAGACAUUGACCAAGCUUUGCGCAUUUGCUCAGCUAUUUAUCGACCCCUGCGAGCUACCUGCGAUGCUUGAGGAGUUUCUGCCUCAUUACACCACCUCAUUCUCAGAAGGCGCCUUCGUGGUGGCAGGGUUGAUUAACCUCAUGCUCCCCACGUCACCUCCUCCCGCUGAACGCGGCGACCUACUUCCGCAGAACUAUUUGCCGACACAUUUCCAUAUUUGGUCUCUUGUCGGUCGUUCAAAGACGUUUGACACGACGUACCUUGACUACCUCUCGCGGUUGGCACGGGAUUCACUGCCAGCCGGGCACAUCCCAUUCUCGGAGCAUGGUAUUUUCACAAAGGAACAGUCCGCUCUCAUCUUCACUGCGGUUCUCCGGCUGCUAGAAAUCCCUGUAGGACAAUCCACUUCCCCGUACAGCGCUCUGGUGGAUAUCUCAUCUGGCUUGGGUAUCAUGCUUGAUCGUGAUACUCGCAAGCAUCCUGUUGCCCACCAUAUUGCUCGAUGGAUUGUCUUGUCUCUUUCGCCUGCGUGCCUAGAUUCAGAAGAUUCGGUUCUUAGCCAGCUUGAGGGUCUGAUCCAAGCAGUUGAGACAUUCUUCCACCCUUCGAACUCAGGUACCUGGACGAGGACCUUGUCGCAGCUUGUAUACUAUUUGACUGAUUUCUUCGUGAUGCGAUGGAAUCGUGAGCAGAGUGGGGAAAUGGAUGUCCCCGUCGAACGACGACUCAAUGAGCCCUUGAAGCGUCGCUUCGUCUUGUGCCUGAGAGAUGCGAUCUUUAUGGGUAUCUACGCCAAAAGUAGUACCGCCAUGACUUUCUCCCUAUCUACCCUUCAAGGCCUUGCGUACUUGGAACCACACCUCAUUCUUCCAGGUGCUUUACAGAGAAUCUACCCGUCUCUCCAAGGUUUGGUGGAGGUUCAUCGAACCACUUCUUCCCUGCGCGCCAUGCAAGUAUUGUCUCGCGUCAUUACGCGAACCAAAGGCUAUCGCUGCCAUAUGACGACUCUCCUAGGCCUUGCUUUGCCUGGUGUUGAUGCUAAUGAUCUUGAAAAGUCUCUUCAUGCCCUUUCUUUUAUUCAAACAGCAUGUUAUAACAUUCCAAUGGUCGACAUGACCAAGGGGAGAGAAGAUGUCAAUUGUAACAUGCUUGCAGUGCAAUGGAUUACCGGUGAGAUGGAGAGGAUGGAGGAACAAGGAUCCGACGUGCAAUUGAACUAUGACACUGACUUGGACGAUGAGACGGAGGAAAUGAUUCUUCGCUCUUCGACUUGUGGCUUUGGUGACUUCACCAUUUCAUUCCUUGGGCGUGUCUUCACCCUGCUUGAGAACCUCCCAGAUGUUACCAGAGUGCGCAAUGGCUCGCCGGAAGAGAACAUCGUCAACACCCUUCCUGCCACCUUCAUGCCGCUCCUCGCCUCCCUUUCGCCAGAGUAUUACGAUAUUGCACUGGGAAAGAUCGUUGAUUUCGUAUCCAACCACGUCAUUCACCAAGCGCGAGAUGCCAUGGCCUUCAUUUGCAACGCGUUAUGCAAGGUCAACCCAGAAAAGGCUCUCAAGCGUUUCAUCCCUGUGCUGAUUCAGGGAAUUCGUACCGAGAUUGAGGAGAAUGGAGCGGGUUCGACCAGAACAACCGGCACUGAUGUCCUUCCUCGUGAUCGUGGAUUGGUUUGGAACGUCAGUAUGUUGAGCAUGUGUGUGGUCCAUGUCGGUGAUGCUGUUCUUGCUCACCGGCAAGAGCUUUUCGACAUUGCAGUAUACAUGCAAAAGAUGUGCCGCGGUAUUCCUACCGUGCAUAUUUCGAACUAUAUCCACCACCUCUUGCUCAACCUGACUGGCACAUACACAAGGGAUUACAGCAUGUAUGAGUCGGCUGAUGUCGAGGGUGGCGUUCAGCCUAAGCAUUGGAGCUACAGACUUGAUGUCAACAAACUUAACAUCCAGUGGCAUGUGCCCAAACGAGAAGAGCUAGAAUUCGCCGUUGAGGUCUUUAAAAAUCAAGCUGAAACUGCUUUGCGGCACCUGUCCGGCUUGACAAACGAGACUUCCAGCGUCAAACGCGAUGGCAGUGGCAAGGAAUGGUCCGACGAAGUUACUCGUAAUCUUGUUCUUCUGCGACUUCUUCUUUCCGGAAUUUCGGUACUUUUUGACCCCAAAGCUGCCUCAAAAUCCUCUCCGGAGUUCUCGAAUGGUGCGUCUGUAAGCUCCAGUGAAUUCGAUAUGGUCGAUGACCCAGCUACAAAUGGCGCGAGUGAAGAAGACGCAUUCCUUGACAGCUCCGACGAAGCACUAGUCAAGGAAGGGUUCCCAUACCCGACUGGAUACCCUCUCCAGGAGGGUGACGCCCUAUACGAUAGCAUUCACGAGAUCCGCGAACGGGCAGGUUGGGUUCUGCACCUGGUACACCGAUUUUUGUGUGAUAAGCAAGAAGAUGAUGUGCCAUGUUUCGGAGCGCUCUACUCGGCCUUCCGCUCUUGGUUUGUCGACGUUGGCAUUGAGAGAUCGGCCCAUGUCCUUGAUCGAGUAACAAGACUCUUAGCAGCAGACAUACACCCUUACAAAAUGAGUGGUAUCAGGAAAGACUAUCCAAGGGCACUUCUUGUGCGCAGAGCGAAUGUCUACCAUCUGCAACGUCUACGGCACAAUGCCGCACCCCGAGCACGAUCUAAACUGGACGAACUUCUUCUAUUUGACAUUGCUGAGUCCUGUGUUUCUCUUUAUACCGAGACCCGUCGCAAUGCCCAAAAUGCUGGCGAGUCAGCUCUCAAAUCCGUCUGGGGGGCACGAUCUCUGAUUAUCCCCCCUCUUCUGAAGGCCCUUCAGACUGGUGUCAAGGAGAAUGACCACGCGCGCAUCAAGGGAGCCUUGUUUUCGCUGCUGCUCAGUAGCGUCGCAAAGACAGCUGGACGGAAUUGGAAAUAUACGCCAGCUAUAAUCCGCACUUUCCUUGAUGCUAGUGCAGUUGACAAGCCAUCUGUCCAGAAGAUCUGUUCCACUGCUGUGUUCCAAAUAAUGGACUAUGGUCGAUCCAUGGAGCGGAUGGCUAUCUUGGACCAGGUCAUUGUAGAGGCUAUUGCUCCCACUGGAGACGUAACUGCGGAGAUCGAACAGAAGCGCACAUCUAUCAAUAAGAAGCGAGCUACGAUUGAAAAGAAGAAAGCUGAUCUGGCUGAUGAAUUGGUGAACUUGGCUCGAAUCUCGCAUUGGAAGAUUGCCAGCCGUGCGGCGACUAUUGUCAUCACCAUGGGCCUGCGCUUCGAUUACAUUGCCAGCGGCAACCUGAUUGAGCUGGUGACUCUUGGCUCGAUUGACGAUCACCCAGGUCUACGCGGAAUGUACUCUCAGGCACUCAUCGCGCUUUUCACUAUGAUUGAUGUUCGCGCCAUCUGCAGCCAUGAGUACAAGAAUUACAUCCUUGGGCAUCAGCGCUUCCCUGCGAAGAUCAAGGUGGCAACCCGUCCUUAUGAAAAGGAUUGGACCCAGGACUAUUUGGUUAGCUUUGCCAAGCCUGAAGCUGAGUACUACGUUGAUCAUGACUUCCCUGGAUGGCUCAUCUGGGGCAAGACCAUGCCUGCGUACAAAUCCAAUUUGGAUCGAGACAUCGAGUAUGAUGAAGUCGAGUGGAAUGUGCGAACCCAAAUGGGUAAACUGUUCACGCGCGACUGGUUCUCAAAGUACUUUAUGUACUUGAAGCAGGAGCCCAGGGAUCCUUCUGCCGAUAAGUUCCGAAUGUCUUCUGCCAUGAUGCUUCUCUAUGCCUUUGAGCUUAUGCUCCGAGACGGUCUUACGGCAGCCUCCUUCAAGGAGAUCCAAGAGGAGAUCCAAGCUGUCUUUGAGGAUGGCAGUGAUAAGCACCAGCAUCGGGCCACUGCGGAGAUUCUCGGGGCCUUGAUCAGUUCUGUCACAGACACCAGCGUGGAAAGACGCACUCUAGUUUGGGAGUACGCCUUCCCCAUCAUUCGGAAGAUUUUCACCGAUGGCCUGACCCCUGAAAAUUCAGGGUACUGGACUACAUUCCUCCACAUGAUUCUUCAAUGCCGCGAUCCCCGCCGAGCCUGGCCUAUGGUUGACUGGUUGGCGAGCUUCCGCUUGGACAUGACCACCAACGCCGCAUUCAAGGAAAGCUCCAAGAUCAAUCUCCUGCACCAGUGCAUCAUUGAUGCCGGCUGGCACUUCCAGCUGGAAAAGCCAAUCGUCAACGAUUUCCUGGCACAUUUAGAUCAUCCAUAUAAGGGUGUGCGAGAGGCUAUGGGACAGACCUUGGCAACAAUUUACCGCACCAGAUACCACGAGUCAUAUCCCGACCUAAAACACCUCUUGGAAGCUCAGAAGUCCUCUUCGUCUGUCGGCACCUACCCAUAUGCUCCUUCUGACGACUUUUCAAAGAUGAUUCGUGGAGUCUUCGAUCAGAUUGAACAGUGGCGACAGGCCAGAACACCGGGUCAACAGACUCCUUCUUCAUACACCUCUGGCAGCAAGACAGUACUUCUCUGGUUGGAUUCAACUCUCUCGUCCCACGAGUGUACACAAUUAGUUCCCUUCUUCCCCGAUGUGUUCACUGCCCAGCUUCUGCACAUGAUGGACGUUAAGGAAGAUCCCGAGCUACAGUCUCUUGCAUAUCACGUUUUCCGCCACCUCCCCAACAUUCCCUACCCUGCCGAGAAGGGCUCGGAGUUCAUCCAGUCCCUCAUCCGCAUCGGCCAAACCUCCCCAUCAUGGCACCAGCGUCUACGUGUCAUGAUCAACAUUCAGAUCAUCUACUUCCGUCGACUCUUCCUGUUGGACUCUGCUGAUCGUGACAAGCUUUUCGAAUGCAUCGCUUCUAUGCUUGAGGAUACGCAACAUGAGGUUCGUGCGGGCGCGUCGGCCACUCUGUCUGGUAUGAUCCGCUGCUCCCCUGUGUACCUUCGCGAAAAGAUGGUCCACCGCUUCCAGGAACGCUUCACCAAGGUCCUCGCCGACAACCCCCUUCCGAAAAAGCCCAAGAACUUCCGAUCUGGAGUCUCGUCUGCGGUAACAUCGGGCGCUGGCACGCCAACUCCCGAGCACAAUCGCCUGGUGAUUGUUCGGCACGGUGCCGUUCUAGGCUUGGGAGCUCUGGUCCAGGCAUUCCCUUACAACAGUCCGCCCCCGCAUUGGAUGCCCGAGGCCUUGACUACGCUCAGUAUUCGUGCUGCUCACGAUCCAGGCGUUGUGGGUUCAAGUGUGAAGUCGAUCAUCAGCGAGUUCAAGAAGACCAGACAAGAUACCUGGCACAUCGAUGCCAAGGCCUUCACCCCCGAUCAACUGGAAGAUCUAUCGGGCGUCCUAUGGAAGAGUUACUUCGCGUAA